CAAGGGAUUUGAACCGGUUCCCGCUACGCAUAGUGCUGCAUCUGAUUCAAUUCCGCCCGUCCUGUUGGGAAACAUUAAUGAGAAUUUGCGCUUCCCUUUAUAUCAAGUGAUGUCCACGUCAAAGUCAUCCAACUACUGAAACGUUGAUCUUCCCGCACCAGUCCCAGCGCAUCCAACUCACACUCACCAUGACAAGCACAAGUACAGGUGCAGAUGCGCCGAACAACCCCCUUCCUCCUCCCGACCCUACCACAGCGCAGGGUCACGAUACACAGCCUCUCCCUUCCCCCUUCCACGUCACCGAACCCUCGCCAACGCUGAUCACCCAGGGCGCCGAGGCCCUCCUCUACCGCACGCACUUCCUGCACCCGGCGCAGCCUGCCGCCCUGAAAUUCCGGCCGAGCAAAGCCUACAGACACCCCACACUUGACGCGCGGCUGACGAAGCAGAGGGUGCUGGCCGAAGCACGCAUCCUGGUCAAGCUGUCGGCGCUGAACAGCGCCAGCACCGGUGGGGACGGGGACGCGGUCAAAGUCCCCGCGGUGCUGAGCCUGGAGUGGGACAUCGCGCGGAAAGUUCGUGGGGUGAGCGACGCGCAGAGGGGCGUGAGGGAGACGACGACGACGGGGGGCGCCUCCUUCGUGGGACAGGGCGCGUGGCUCCUCAUGGAGUGGAUCGAAGGGCGCAGCGUCAAGGAUUUGUUGCGCGACUGGGAUGCUUGGUACAAGGCCUUCGGCGUCAGCGCCGACACGAAUACACAAGACAAUGAUGACAAGUCACGUCAGGACGAGGUUGCUGCGCAGGAAGAGGCGGUGAAGAAACUGCUGCGCCGCAUCGGGCGGGCUGUGGGAUCGAUGCAUGCCAAAGGAGGCGUGGUCCACGGGGACUUGACGAGCAGCAACAUCAUGAUCCGGCCUAACACCACAAGGGACACGAAUGGGGAGCUGAACGGGGUCGUCAAUGGCGAGCGUGGGAAUGAAGAGGCGGGUCUACAAUCGCAGGAAGAAAGGUCUGCGCCGGUCCAACCACCAGAUCUGACUGGCGAGAUCGUGCUCAUCGACUUUGGCCUUGCGACGCAAUCUGUCCAGGACGAAGACAGGGCCGUGGAUCUCUACGUGCUCGAGCGGGCGUUUGGAUCGACGCACCCGAAACAGGAGGGGUGGUUCGAUGCCGAAGUCUUACAGAGCCAGGAGGGGUACAGGGGCAGUUUCAAGGGCUCCAACGUCGUGUUGAAGAGAUUGGAGGAAGUGAGGCUGCGAGGUCGGAAGAGGAGCAUGAUUGGAUGAAUGGAGGCGAAAGGAGAUCACGGAAGAUCUUUGAAAGAAGUCGGUCUACCCAGCGCCAUGCUAAAGCUCAAGUUUUACUAUAACUCCGAGGGGUUGCUGGACGGCCUCAUGAUGCUGGGGCCUCGACUGGCUUCUCCUCGAUACAGCUUCCCAGCUGCGCGACGGCGAAGUACCCUUUGUUCUCGAUGACGCCGCGGUUUUUCACCACCGCGGUAUACUUGAUGACCCAUUGCGGCUCGAUAUCGCCCUUCAGCCCGGGCUCUUCGGGUCCGCCAUCUGGGUGCGCAGCCAGAAUGCCAGCUCCAUCUUUAUCGGGUCCCAGCAACUCCCUCGUCGUUCCGGGUGGGAGAAUGUCCAUGCAAUCCGCGUGUGUCAAAAGCUCAAUCUUGUUCUCCUUUGCGUACAUGAUGAGUGUCUUGGGCACGACGCAGCAGUCCUUGACGUUGAUCUGGUCGACCUUGGGCCGGACUCGGACCUCUGGCAGGAAUUUCGCGAGUCGCUCCGAACUAAACUCGGACACGCCCAGCUGGGAGAUGACGCCCUUGUCAUAGAGCGACUCCAGCACCUGCCAGGUCUUGACCUGGGCCUCCAAGCCUUCCAACUCGUCGCUGGCCUCGCUGGGAUUCUCGUCCGCGGAAGCCCGCUCCUCCUCAUCCUCGUCCUCCUCUUCAUCGUCGGCGUCAAAGGUCACAUGAGGGAAUGAGACGAUCAACAGGUCAAUGGUGUCGACGCCCAGCUCUUUCAGUACCAGAUCGAUGGCUUCUCGCGUGUGCCGGCACCGCCGCGUACUGGGGAUGCCGGGGAGGAAGAAUAGUUUGCAGGUCACGUCGUAGGAGUCGCGGGGCUCGACUAGCGGGGUCGUCCGCCACGAGGGAACGUAGAGUGUGUCAUCCUCCUGCGUCGUCCAUACGGGAGGCGUAAACUUCUCGGCGGCGCCGCCCUCCGAGGCAGGAGGAGCGGGAGCGUAGUGUUUAAACGAGGCGAAAUUGGCGCGCAGGGAAUUGAUGAGUUCAAUGUUGGACCGCGAGAACAGUGGCCGCCGCACGACGGGGUGGCCCGAGGACAUGAUAUUGCUGCAUUAUGGCC